AUGAGCAAAAUUUCUUAAGAGGCCUUUGAGUAUCUUAAUAAACUGAGGCAGAAUCCUAAAUUGGCCAUCCCUAAAUUGCAAGAGCAUUUAAAGCUUUUCAAAGGGAAUGUCCUAUAGAAACCAGGAGAAAUACCACUCCAAACAAAUGAAGGUCCUAAAGCUGUCAAUGGUAAUUUUUAGGAUAUAUACUAGAGUGCAUUUCCUUCUUGCAAAAUCAGAAGCCCCUCAAUCCUUUGACUUGGAGUAAAGGAUUGGAAUGUGCAGCCAGAGAUCAUGUUAAAGACACAGGACCAAAAGGAGUCACAGGUCAUACAGGCACUGAUGGAUCAUCCAUGAGUGACAGGAUCGAAAGAUAUGGAGAAUGGGAUGUUACUGUUGGUGAAAAUAUCAGUUAUGGAUAAACUACAGGAGAGGAUGGUAUUAAUCCAAUAUCAUUUUAGUUAUCAUUCAAUUAAUUAUAGAUGAUGGUGUUUCAUCAAGAGGACACAGAAAAAACUGUUUUAAACCAGAAUUCGGAGUUGUUGGUAUCUACGAUGGAGAACAUAAACAAUACAAAACUUAAUGCGUUUUUGAUUUUGCAGGAUCUUUCGAAGAUAAACCAGGACUUGAUGCCAGUGCACCUUCCCAAAAUGGCUCAUAACAAUAACCAGAACAACAAUAAAAUAGACAACCAGAUGCACCUCCUGCCUAGCCUUAAGCCAAAGACUCUGAUGAUAAAAUAACUUAAGAUGCUUUCAACUAUUUAAAUCAAGUCAGAUAAAAUCCCACACUCCCUAUUCCAAAACUAUAAAAUUUGAUGAAACUAUUCAAAGGCAGUGUUCUUUAUAAGCCUGGUGAAAUCCCUUUGCAAACUAAUGAAGGCACCAAAGUUAUAUAAGGUAUCUUUUAAUAUAAGGAAUAGAAUUGAUUGCUUUUUUAUAAAAACAAUAGCCUCUACAUCCCUUAACAUAUGACAAAGGAUUAGAAUAAGCUUGCACUGAUCAUGUUAAGGACACUGGACCUAAAGGUGUUUGUGGUCACACAGGAACUGAUGGUUCCUCACUUUCUGACAGAAUUGAAAGAUACGGAGAAUGGAAUGGCAAAAUUGGAGAGAACAUUAGUUAUGGAUAAAAAACAGGAGAAGAUGUUAUAAUCUAACUAUUGAUUGAUGAUGGAGUUGGUUCUAGAGGACAUAGAAAAAAUUGUUUUGGUUAAGAUUUCAACCUUGUUGGAAUUGCAGCAGGUGAUCACAAAACUUAUUAAACUCAAUGUGUUUUUGAUUUUGCAACUGAAUUCACCCCACAAGGACAAUAACCUAAAUAAUCAGCCAAUAACUAAGGAAAAACAGUUGUCUUGGGAGGAAAGGGAGGCCAUGUAGGAGCUGCUCCUUAAUAAGAUGAUGAAGAGGAAGGUAUUCUUAUUUUAUAUUCUAGAAUAAUUGCCUCCUGGAUGCGUAUCAGUUAGUACUUCAUCUGCUGUCAGUAUGAAAGGUGGACAAAAGGUUACAAAAAUUACAAAGACCUAUAAAUUCAAGGAUGGAUCUACCAAGAUAGCAGUCCAGACCAUCACAGAUGGAUGAUAUUU